AUGGGCCGACCAAUACUAGACCGACGACUGGGCAUUCUCCUCCUUGCGCUCUUUGCCUGCCUAGCAGUGCUGUUCCUCGUCAUCCUACCACCGCCGUCAAUAACGGAGAAACUCCACAAUCGACCUCGGAUAUCCGUUUCGUGGUCAGAUUCUGCAUCAGAUCCGGCUCCGCCUUCCAAAGAAUCCGCGCUACCGCCCCAUUCAAUCUAUGCUCCUCCGACGCCCGAAAUGCAGGGCCCUUCAAGUCCCUACGCCUUCGUCUUCUAUGCCACCAACCCCGGUUACGCAUGCUCAGCGUUGUUGCUGAUUAAACGACUAUCCAUACUUUCCCCUGGUAUUCCUUCGGUGCUGAUGGUACCACCUACAUUCGACGAGACGCAUCUCGAGCCCUUCUCGAAAUUCAAUACGACUAUCCUGAAGCUCAGACCACCACCAAUAGCGCCAGGAGGGAAUAAGUACUAUGGCAGCGUCCUCUUGAAGAUGAUGGCGUUCCAAAUCCAAGACCACAUCCCACACCUCCAGAGAAUCAUCGUUCUGGACUCUGAUCAAAUCAUCCUGAAGCCCCUGCACCACCUAUUUUUGCUCCCUGCGGCUGACGUCGCCGCCCCCAUCGCGUACUGGUUACCGCCACCUCAGUACACCACAUCAACACUCCUCGUGGUCAGCUUGAGCGACAGGUUGAAGGGGGAGGUGGUGCAGGGUUUGACGGAGUUGAAGAAGGGGGAGUAUGAUAUGGAUUUGAUUAACAAGCUAUGGUAUCCGACGAGGAUUAUGACUCUUCCUGGAUCGUACUGCACGCUCAACUCCCAUUGGGAAGUCCGGGAUGCACCAAAAUGGAUGCUUCACCCACCGUCCAUUGACACCUCCGACGCCGAUGCCCCCAGCGCGACAUAUGCGGACCCUAGGAUCAAGCAUCUCAGGCCUCUCAAUCCCUCUCCAGAACAGGAAACCGAGAGUCGAAAGGAAAUCACGCAGGCGCUCAAGACGUUGUAUGAAAAGGAGAGUUUGGUGAUCCAUUUCACGGCUGGAGGGAAGCCCUGGAGCGUGGAUAUGGCGAAGCUGCGGUGGCAGAAGGAGAAGGGAGAGGUGGAUGCGCGGUUUGUGGAUAUGUUUGAGGAGUGGAGGCAGGAAGCGAGCAAUGAGUGCGUGAAUGGGUGGGAGUUGUGGAGUUGGCCGACGAGGUGA